UUGGUCUCAAGUUUACCACACAAUUGAUCACUAAUUGUCUCGUUAUAUAACAUGAUCUGAUACCAUUGAUGGCAACAAUGCGUGCAUUGAGUGGAUGUUGUCUUUUGCAGUCACGCAAUGCAUUGCGAGUUUGGACGCGAAGACAGUCGUCGUAUGAAUACGAUGUGAUAGUCAUCGGUGGCGGACACGCGGGCAUUGAAGCGGUCGGUGCGGCCUCUCGUAUGAACACUAAUGUAUUAUUAGUUACACAUAAAACACAAACUAUAGAUCUCUCUGGCAUUCAAUACAAAGUGUUGAACAGAAGUAAAGGGCCGGCAGUUUGGGGAUAUCGGGCACAGAUUGACAGAUCAUUGUUUAAGAAACACAUGCAAAACCAAGUAUUAAAUAACACACCGAACCUCACCAUUAAAUGUUGUUCAGUGGAGGACUUGAUUAUCAACAAAACUGACGACGGACAGCGCAUAAGCAGUCGGACAGUAGUGUUAGCGACGGGAACUUUCCUGAGGGGACAAAUCAAUAUCGGUCUCGACUGCUAUCCCGCCGGAAGGAUAGAAAACGCACACUUGAGUCGACACGUGCGCGAAGAGGUGAGAGGACCCCGAUAUUGCCCAUCCAUUGAGUCCAAAGUUUUGAAAUUCAAAGCCAAACCACACCAGAUAUGGCUCGAACCCGAAGGUCUGGACUCGGAUGUGAUUUACCCGAAUGGCAUAUCGUGUACAUUACCCGAAGAAAUACAACAGCGUUUGAUUAAUUUAAUCCCUGGUUUGGAAACUGCGCUAAUGUUAAGACCGGGAUAUGGCGUGGAAUACGAUCACAUCGAUCCGCGACAACUCAAACACACAUUAGAGACUCAACUCAUUGACAACCUAUUCAUGUCGGGACAGAUCAACGGCACCACCGGCUAUGAGGAAGCGGCCGCUCAGGGAAUAGUGGCCGGCAUUAACGCCGCCGCUAAAUGUCUCAACAAAAAGCCGUUAACUAUAAGCCGGACGGAGGGAUAUAUCGGAGUUCUUAUCGACGACUUGACCACUUCGGGCACUGACGAGCCCUACAGGAUGUUCACCAGUAGAGCAGAGUUUAGGCUUAUGUUACGUCCCGAUAACGCGGACCUCAGACUUACGCAAAAAGGCUAUGAAAUGGGAUUUGUUUCCCAAAAACGAUUCGACAAUUUCUGUGACAUCAGAAAACAAUUGAAUGAAAGCGAAGAGUUUUUAAAGUCAAUCAGAAAUCCAUUAAAUAAAUGGCGAAAGCAAUUAGGAAUCGAUUGCGACUCCAAAAGCAAUUCAUUUAAAACAGGAUUUGAAAUGUUAGGACUGCAGGAAUGUUCGCUCAAACAAAUGGCACAACUCUUCCCAAACCAAUUGAUGCCUAUUUAUGACAAUCAUGUGCUAAGCACUCGACUCAAGAUUGAAGCGCUUUACGAUUACAUGGAGAGAGACGAACAAGAAUUGGUGAAUCAGGUUAAGAGCGAAGAGAUGAUAGAAAUUGAUCCAAAUAUGGAUUAUAGUACCAAAGAUUUAACUUUGAGUACAGAAGUGCGACACGUGUUGUCUCAGAACAGACCGAAAACGAUCUUUGCGGCCAAACGUCUGGCGGGAGUGACUCCGGCAGCGGUCGUCUCUCUUCUCUAUUAUAUUAAACGAGUCAACAGUUUGUCACCAAAUGAUUGUCCGAAUAGUGGUUAAGAUAUAGAAGAAUCAGUUGUUAAUGAAUAACUGGAAGCCCAUCCACGACAACAACAUGAAGAAUAGUGUGACCGGUAUUGAAAUGGGAACCAAUAGUAAGUAAUAGAUGAGCUCUUCGUCCAUAUCAGCCAAAUAUAGCGAUCACUUCAACAAACAUUACAUUCAUUUAAUUCAAUCCAAAAGUUUUAUUUAUUUAUUAUUUGGUGUAAAAAACUGUAAACGAAAACAAAUCACUGAAUAAAUCACUUUUUUGUGACAC